AUCAAUGACAUAAGUAGUUUCUGUACGGAAACAAUUUGUGCGCACUGUGUUUAUGCCCAUUUCCAAGACACUUAUAAUAAAAUGUUCAAAAGUCCAGCUCCAGAUCUAAACAAUUCACCGUAAUCAAUACGAAAGCAAUAAUAAUACAAUUUGUAAAUAACUUUUGAAAUUCUUUGACUUGGGUGCAUUACAAACGGCAGCUAACAAAGAUGUACGUAACUAGUGAGAGUCAGAAUGAAUGGAGUGUUUGUAUCCAAUAAGAAUUUUAGUUUGUUUUGGAUUUGCGAACUAUGCUGCACUGUAGGCUUAUUAUGCACAGUGCAGCAGGAUUAUUGUACGGAGCUAUCAAAAAAGUCAUUGAGCAUGAUUUUGGGCCAAGCCUUCAAUCCACGAUAUAUGAGCAUUGAUCCACCGAAAAGCGGAAGCAACGAAAAUAACCAAAAUUCAGGAUCGAAGAGAUCCGUUUUGGAUGUACCAUUCUAUGCUGAUGAUAAUGUCGUUUCAUUAGGCAGUUUCCCCGCUUGGGAGACAAAUCAUUUCUCUUAUUUUGCUAAAAACGAGGAGGACUCAUUGAAGAGAAAAACCAUAAGCAUAAGAAAUGUCUUCAUGGACCAGAAGGGUCAUGGAAAACCUGAAGUUUUCAAAACCCGGCCUUGGGAAUGCUCCUCAAUAAUAAACUGGAUCGAUCUGGGCUUAAACUACUUUCCGCGCUACAUUCGAUCCAUUGAAUGCAUUGCAAAAAAAUGUUGGUAUGGACACUUUAAAUGCAAACCCAAAUCAUUCACCAUCAAAGUGCUGCGUCGUAAGCCGGGCUCAUGUAUUCAUAUAAGCGAUAAAUUAAUUCUCAUAACUUCGGAUGAAUACAUCAACGAUUAUACGCAACUCUGGAUUUGGGAAGAAAUCGCUGUUAAUUUUUGCUGUGAAUGCGUUAUGUUAUAUUAAGAUAAAUUAAAAUAUUUAUGGUCAUUAAAAUAAA